AUUCCUUAAACCAGUUUCAAACGGUGCACUGGGUGUUUGCCCCCAGAUGAGGGCAGUGUGUUUUCCCACAUCUUGUCUUCUGGGAAUUCCAGUUGCACCAGCUAGGGGUGGGGGGAAACCACCACAGGCCAUGUCAACACGGUUCCCCUUUCCAUUCAGUCAACAGUCUGGUGAUCCACAACCUUUUUAAACGGCAGAGCCCGAAACAGAUCUUACAUUUCUUUGCUGAGUCACUGCAUGAAGGUCAACCGUCAACCUUUUCUAUCCUCACGUUCUCCUCAGCCUGGGAGUCCCGUGCGUAAGAGACAGAGGGCUCCACUCGUCGAUGUGACUUCCUGGGAUGCUCAGGCGCACCCGCUCCCCCUGCUUCUCUUCCGGCCUCCACCAGAGGAAGACAGGGCACCAUUGAAAGAGCGCGCCGUCGCCCCGCGGACCAGCUGCCAUGGCCUUGGUUCAGCCGCUGCCCGUCUCCACUGACCACCUCAAGCCGGGCCCCGGCGGGUCGUCCCGCAGCCGCCGUUCCUCCGGCCGCGCGUCCCCGGUGGGCCCCGGUGGGCCCCCACCCCCGUCGCUAGAGGCGAUGGGCUCCGUCGGCAGCCUCAUCGCGCCCCGCCCCGCGCCCUACCACGACCGCCAGCGCCGCGCGGCCGUCGGCGGAGGCCCCGCGGGGGAGCCGGGCGCCAGGCACGCGCGGCGGGCCACGCCGGGGGCGGGGGCCGCCGGCCUGGGGCCCGACUCGCCGCAGGACGCGCUGCUCCUCCUGCGGCGCUCGCCGCCCCCGCCCGUCAAGCGGCAGAGCUCGGCCAACGCCGGACGCACGGACGACGACGCCGCCGCCGCCUACGCCUACCUGAACGAGGAGUACGUGGAGGACUGGACCGUCAGCCAGGUCACGCCCCCCAGCCUCAGCGGCCUCCCCCCCGACGAGGUCAACGGCGGGGGGGGGUGGAGCGGGAUCAUGGGGGGCCCCCCGCCCAAGCUGGUGCCGAUCUCGGGGAAACUGGAGAUGAACAUGGACAACGCAGUGCUGCGGCCCACCGCCUUCAAACCCGUGGUGCCCAAGAGCCGCAGCUCCAUGCAGUACCUGUCCCCCCGCCACGGCCCCAGCAGCCAAUCGGGGAGCCAGAACAACCUCAACCUGCUCAGCCCCUCCCACACCGCGGGGGAGGCCGCGCCCUCCUGCUCGGACAAGCGCAGCAGCUACGGCAGCCGGGGCCAGGCCACCAGCCAGUCCUGCUCCAUGUCCGACUCCGGGCGCACCUCCCUGUCCAGCCUGCCCCCUUACCCGGGGCCCGGCUACAGCCAGGCCUCCUCCGAGGCUCCCGGGGGCCACCUGGAGCCCGUGAAGGCGGGGGGGCCCGGGGCGGUGAACGGACACGGACACGGGCACGGGCACGGGCACGGGCACUCCAACUCGGACAGCGGCCGCUCGUCCUCCAGCAAGAGCACGGGCUCGGGGUCGCUGGGCGGCCAGGGCCAGCCCCCGUCGGACAACGGCUCGGCGGGCCGCUCCCCGGGGCCCCUGGAGGGCUACGAGGGCGUGGUCCGGGACCUGGAGGACAAGCUGCGGGAGCGGGAGCUGGAGCUGCAGCAGCUCCGGGACAACCUGGACGAGAACGAGGCGGCCAUCUGCCAGGUCUACGAGGAGAAGCAGAAGCGCUGUGAGCUGGAGCUGGAGGAGCUGAGGCAGGGCUGCGCCACCCGCAUGCAGACCGCCUCGCAGAAGUCGCAGCGGGCGCAGCAGGUGCUGCAGUUACAGGUGUACCAGCUUCAGCAGGAGAAGAAGAAGCUGCAGGAGGACUUCUCCCAGCUCCUGCAGGAGCGGGAGCAGCUUGAGGAGCGCUGCUCCUCCUACGAACACGAGAAGAUCCAGAUCGGGCCGCGCCUGGAGGAGACCAAGUGGGAGAUGUGCCAGAAGUCAGGGGAGAUCUCCCUGCUGAAGCAGCAGCUGAAGGACGUGCAGGGGGAGCUGGCUCAGCGUGUGGGCGAGAUCGUGUCGCUGCGCGGGCAGCUACGCGACGCGCGCGGCGAGCUCACCAACAGCCAGGCACUGCUGCAGGAGGCCCACGCCGACGGCCGCACGCGCACCCUGGAGCUGGAGGUGUGCGAGAAUGAGCUGCAGCGGCGCAAGAGCGAGGUGGAGCUGCUCCGCGACAAGGCGGUGCGGCUGGAGGAGGAGCUGGCCCGACUGAGGGACGCACUGGCCGGCCAGGGCCAGAACCAGGGCCAGGGCCAGGGCCAGAAACACCACAACCAGAACCAGAACCACAACCAGAACCAGGGGGCGCGGCGCUGCCAGGUGUUCCAGGAGGCGGAGGAGCACCUGCUGGCGUACGAGAGCGACGAGGGCCAGGCCCAGCGGCAGGCCGGGGGCGGGGAGGCCCUGCAGGGCAUGAGGCUGCAGAUGGACAGGAUGCGGGCGGAGCUGACGAGGGAGAGGCAGCGGGCCGAGGAGCAGGUGGGGGGCUUCCAGGAGGAGCGGCGCGUCUGGCAGGAGGAGAAGGACAAGGUGAUCCACUACCAGAAGCAGCUGCAGCACAACUACGUGGAGAUGUACCGGCGCAACCAGGAGCUGGAGCGCGCGCUGAGGGAGCUCAGCCAGGAGCUGGACAGCCGCGAGGAGGAGGACGAGGGCAGCGGCAACGAGAUCCACUUCGACGAGGUCGCCGCCACUGAGAUAUGACUCCCGCCCCCCUGGCCCGCGACAUCCUCCACCUCCUCUGGAUUUGCACUUUUGUUUGUCGAAAUAUAUCUAUAUAUAUAUGUGUGUGCAUAUAUAUAUCUCUGUUCUCCUGCUUUGGAGUCGAUGGUAGACACGAGGGCGACGUAAGCAGAUCUGCCGUUUACAGUUGGAUCGUUUGUUGUCCUGUAUUCUAAUUAUCCGUGAGAAAAAGCCAAAUCCUUAACAUCGUUUUCUGUCUUUCUGGCAUCAUGGCAUCAUAGUUGUUGUUUUCUAAAUCGAGUGUUCGUCGAGAGUAGUCCAAACCUGCCACAGAUUGAUGGAGACUCCCCGGGCAACGUCACCCACAGCGCUUUAAAUACCGGCCUUGUGAUUCGGUCAAGCUGUGUGCUGGAGCCUUGAGGCGCUUGGGAACCCGUUUCCCGAGCGCACACGGUUCCAACGAUCAUUAUCCAUCUGCGCUGCCACUGACUCACUCCAUCCAGGCAGCCCACGUAGUUUAAUAAGUGACACACACAAACACUUCAUAAGUGGAGGCCUUGAGGAGGUCUGGACGGGGGUGAGCUGUGUAGGUUUUGACGUCAAAGCGCUUUUGUUGGGGUCUGAUACUUUCAGAGAAGUUUUGCCGCAGUUUGUCGAUUUGAAAAACAUUUUGGUUGCAAAUGGAUAUGGUUUGGAUAGAUAAGGGUAUAUACAAAAAAUAAACAAAGGUGGAUAUAGUUACGUUAUUGUAUUGGGGAAAAACGCAGACGAUCUGGCACAAUUCUGUUGCUGGCAUCAGGACAGAUACUUUAUGUUGUGGAGACAGCAGUGGAGAAGAAGGUGUAAUAUCAGGCCAGGUACGCUAAGGAACUUAACUUCCCAAUCUAGAUGUCCUUGAGGAAUCUUUUUCAGUUGUUUUGAUAGAUUGGUGGUCCGGUUAUUGCGUGGCCCAGUCCAAGCGGUUGUGGGGCAGGUUUGUGCGGACUGCGUUUGGAACAGCGUGGGUGAAGACAAUCUGAGGAAUUCUUGUGUGAGUGUUUGGAGUCAAUUGGCCUUCAGCAAUAAAUAAAUCAUUCUCGGAUUACAUGGACGCUCCACACAUGGGAUUUGUGUAAUCUUCUCCCCUCUUGCAUUCCAUGGUUUUCUGUUGCUAGCUUUACAGAAAAUGUACACAAUUGCUAUGGGCUCAACAGGACAGUGUUGAGUUUUUCUAGUUCUAUUUUUUUUUUUCACUAAUCGUGCAGCAUGAAGUUCUGUGUUUGGGUUUCUGCAUUGAGUUCUAUAUUUUAUGUUACUCCAUUUUGAAAAAGCUUUUGGUAAAUCUGUUGAGGUUUGGUACCCAGUACUGAAGAGUACUGGGAGUACUUGUCAUUCUACACAUAAGCUAAUCUUACACAACAUCUUGGCUGUCUUUCUGUUUUUAACCAGGCAUGGCUGACCAUUAGGUAAGACUGAUACUGGUUUCCCAUCAAGCCUUGUAAUAUCGGAAUCCACCCUGUGUGUUAUAACUUCCUGUUAAACCACAAACAUACUGAUGUGUAGGACAUUACUGGAACACACACACACACACACACACACACACACACACACACACACACACACACACACACACACACACACACACACACACACACACACACACGUUCCUGUAUCGCUGGUAACCGAAGUGUAAUGUUCAUAGAUCACUGUAGAUAUCCCUAUCACAACAAAGUCCUUGAUGGUGAUGUAACCCAGUUGUCAUAUAGAGAUGUUGUACAUCUCAAUGCAUAGCCACUGUGAUUAGACCAAAGCAAUGUUCCGUGCCCUGUUGUUCGCUCCGCCAGUAAGUAACACAUGUGACCGCUUCUGUGCUGGUUCCUUAGACUUUUAUAAUCCACAGUAUUUGUAUGAAGACAUUAAAUGUAUAUUUUCAUGCUGUACAUUUCUGGAAAACCAAGUUACUAUGUUUUGAAUAAAAUUAAUUAAUGAAA